UUUUCAUCAUUCACCAUGUCUUUUAACAUAGUUGUCGGGGUUCUGUUCCUGUUCUUGUGUUAUUUGAAUGGAUUAAGUGGAUCUGCGCUUUUUCCACGUAAUCCAGCUCGUUCAAAUGAACUAAGUGAGAUUGUUGCUACAAGUAAUGGGCCAGUUCAAGGAGAAAUAUUAAUAACGGUUGAGAAAAAUAUUAGUUAUGCAUCGUUCAAUGGUAUUCCUUACGCUAAGGCUCCUGUGGGAAAUCUUCGCUUUCAGGCUCCGGUGGCAGUAGACAACUGGAAGGAGGUACUUGAUGCUGCAGGACAAAGACAAGGUUGUCCUCAAUUCGGUACUGAAUAUAUCGGUGAUGAAGACUGUUUAUUUCUCAACGUUUACACUCCCCAGACUAAAUUCGAUCGGGAUGUAAUUGGAUUACGACCUGUGAUGGUGUGGAUUCACGGCGGCCUCUUCACAAUGGGAUCGGCAAACAGUUCACUCUUCGGUCCUGAUUUUCUCCUUGAAGAGGAUGUCGUAGUCGUUUAUGUUAACUACCGCUUGGGUGCACUCGGAUUCUUAUCACUAAAUCAUCCAAAUGCCGUUGGAAAUGCGGGCCUCAGGGAUCAAUUACUUGCCUUGGAAUGGGUGCAAAAAAAUAUUAACAAAUUUGGUGGUGAUCCAGACCAAGUUACAAUAUUCGGCCAGGGCUCCGGAGCGGUGUCCGUGGAACUUCUCACCCUUUCCCCAAAGUCUGCAGGUCUAUACCGCCAGUCGAUUGCCAUGAGUGGUGCUCCUCUUAACGACUGGACAAUCUCUUCAAUGGAUAAAGCCGUAUCAAAUGCGCACCUCCUCGGUUCGGCCUUAAAUUUGACGGACUUCACGUCGGAGGAUCAAUUCCUAGACAGAUUAAGACGAGUUCCUGCUCAAGAUAUUGUCACGGCAACGCAAAAAAUAGUUAAUAUGAGGAACAUGAAGACACCGUUUGAUGGACUGUUUAAGCCAGUAAUCGAAGACGAAGAAGUAUCGGAGAAUCCUAUCGUAAGCGGGGAUUUGUACAGCAAAUAUGGACUAGGAGAAUUCCAUGAUCGACCACAUUUGAUGGGAUUUGUAAAUGCUGAAGCCGCUGGGUUAUUCCCUUCGACGGCCGGACAGUUCCCUGGAAUUACGGACGAGAACGCUGGUGAAAUAUUGGACAAGUUGAUGGAGGAAGUGAAGUCUAUGAAGCGACCGCCCAAGCAUUUGCUCGAUUUUUUCAAACGCUACGAGAAAAUAAGAUCUGGAGGAGAGGUAGAGACGAAGGAGAAACAGAAGCUUAUUAAUAUGGCUGUACAGAUUGCAUCAGAUUUUUUCUAUGUCAGCGGAAUAGAAUUAGUACAAAUAAGGAGAGCAAUGCUGACUGCGCCUAUUUAUUACUAUAGAAAUUCAUUCAGUCUUGGGGGACCUGAGCACACAAUAAACGGAAUAAAAUUAGACGGUGUUGGACAUAAUGAUGAUCUCGCUCAAAUAUUCUGGAUGCCAUCUGUGAAUAAAAAUACCAUCGCCGUCAACAGCACCUCCUGGACUCAACGGCAAAUAAUGGUUAGAUUGUGGACAAACUUCGCUAAAUAUGGAACUCCUACUCUGACUGGUGUUGCUGAUCCAUUAUUGUCCUUCAAGUGGCCUUUCUCGUUUGUCGAGAAAGAAUACUUGGAACUUAGUGAAAAUAUAACAAUGAAAUACGACCUGCCGCCACUUACGAUUUUCUAAGUAGAAACUGUCGCAUCAUUCAACGGAUCAAAACUACGGUUGCUGUCCUUCUAAAUUAACAUUUAUAAAAUGUAUAUUUGACAUUUGUGCCUAAUCUCGAAGGAGAUUUCAAUAAAGAUUUAUGAACUUUGAAAGAAAAAUAAAUGUGAUCAUUAUAUCAUGUGAUAUGUGAAAAAAAAAUUGUAUAAAUCUCAUCUAGGGCCGUCGAAAUCUAGACGAUUUCAACUUCCAAGAAUCUCUUGAUUCACUUUUUGAUAAUGUGUGCAGGCACUGGUUCGCAGUCGACUCGACUGUGCAAUCGAUUGAAUUCAAUAUUUUUUUCAAAUAUGAAAAACUAUUGACACCAUAAAUUGAUAAAACGGAGCAUUAAACUCACUAAUUAUUGUAAGAUAAUCAUCG